AUGAUGCUACACUCCGCUCUGGCCCUCUGCCUCUUGCUGAUCACAGUCUCUUCAAACCUUGCCAUUGCUAUCAAAAAAGAAAAGAGACCUCCUCAGACACUCUCAAGAGGGUGGGGAGAUGACAUCACAUGGGUGCAAACUUAUGAAGAAGGUCUCUUUCAUGCUCACAAAAGUAACAAGCCACUGAUGGUCAUUCACCACCUGGAGGACUGUCAGUACUGUCAAGCACUAAAAAAGGAAUUUGCCAAAAAUGAAGAAAUACAAGAAAUGGCACAAAAUGAUUUCAUCAUGCUGAAUCUCAUGCAUGAGACCACAGACAAGAACUUGUCGCCCGAUGGGCAGUAUGUGCCGAGGAUCAUGUUUGUUGACCCUUCUUUGACUGUCAGGGCUGAUAUAACUGGAAGAUACUUUAACAGACUAUAUACGUAUGAACCCCAGGACUUACCCUUGUUGAUAGACAACAUGAAGAAAGCACUAAGACUUAUCCAGUCAGAGUUGUAG